CCUGCAACACCAAGCAAAAUAAUUUGGGAUUUACAUCGGGAUGAAGCAAUGCCAUUAUGUCUUUCUGCUUUACACUCCAAGGUGUCUGCCCAUACGAAUAUGGAUCUGAUGGGCAACUCUUAGAGCUCAAAAAGCAUACAGUACCUCUCUAAUGGUGCAGCAUAACAGUUAUUUUCAUAUAUGAGCAUUAUUAAAGAGCCUCCUUGAACAAGUUAUGGAAAACUCAACUGGUAGAGGCUUUUUCACUAGACCUGUUGUGUUGCUGAAGAAAAGUGAUUGUGUAAGCCAUGAUGGCAAAAUAUUAAUGCCAACAACCAUAGACAUGGCAAAAAUUAAAAAGCCAAACACUGGACAGUACAACAGAGGAGUUCAAUUUUCCAAGAGUAUGCCUGAAGAAAUGGUGAAAAAAACUCUACAAGAAGCAUUUCCUUCAUUUAACUUAACUGGAAGGUUUUAUUGUGCAUCCUACAGCCAGGGGAGUACAGCUUUAAUUUUUCAUGGAAACCAUGGUGUUUGGAAUGGAAAGAUGAUUAACAAAACAGUGAGGGGUAACUCAGUCCUCUACAUUCUGUUGGAGGAUGAUCAGGUGCCACAAGAAUCACCACAUGUAGCCAACGAUGCCUUUACCAACUCAGCAUUAGUGGCUCUGCAUCACUUGAACCAACCUACAUUUACGUCAACUAGUAAAAGUGCAACAAUCAUGACUGAGCAUAACAUGCAACCCUGCAAUGACUUUCAAGUCCAAGGGAGCAGCAUCCCUCCGAGACCAUCAGGAGCUAGUACGAAUUUUAAUGUGACAAACCCACAAGAAAUCACAGCUACAGGGCUAUCUUCCUGCACGAAUGCUGAUAUGAUAAUACCACAAAACGUAGCAGCUGCAGUGGCUUUUUCAAACAUAAACCAACCUAGCUUGGGUGAGUCAAGUGCAACAGUCAUGGUUCAGAAUAACAUGCAACCCUGGAAUGCCUUUCAAUUGCCAGAAUGCACCAUUCCUUCUGAAUCUUUAGAGGCACUGGCAUCUAACCCAAAUUUUAGCACGCCAGAACCACAAAACGCAGCUCCUGCAGAUAGAGGUCUAGACUUUACAACGAUGAUGGUGGAUGAAUGGCUUGAAAUGCCGGGUUUUUUCGACCAUACAAUGACAGAUGAUAAUGACCACACAGGGACUUCAGAAAUCAGCAAUUUACAACCCCCUGAACAAGGAUUCUUGUUGAACUCUCCUGAGAUGUCUGACAGCUCAGCCGAUCACAGCAAUACGACUAGCGGUAUUUCUGAGCUUGGUCACAACUUGUCCUUAGAUGAUACGUUGCCCCCAGAAGAAGAGCACUUUGAAUUCAGUGUCACACCGCAAAGGGUUCCAUUACUGGGUGGUGACCUGUGUUGUUUUCAAUCUGAUCGAGCAUUUCCGAGGAAUGUGCAGUCAGCAUUGGCUGUCUUCGAGCAUCUAGACACUGUCAAUGUUAAGAGGUGUGGGGAUGACUCCCUUGUUGGAAAGAAGAUUCCACCUUCCAAAACGCCAGGAUGGGUCAAAAUAUUUUUACAACGAGCAGAUGGUAAAGUGCUAGGCGAAACGAAGAUUUGUUAUUACGAUCAAGAUAAAGAGGCUCUUCAACGGAUAAUUGAAAAUCCGAAGCUACAGGCGGAUUUUUUUCGAAGUUAUUCUGAGAUGUUGAUUUGUCAUAACACUACAACAGUGAGUGGCGCUGAAGCACAAAACUAUGGAAUUUGUGGUUCUUCAGAACCUGUGCAGAUGUUAUGCGUCUUAGUUUACGCUGCAGCAGAAAUUGGUGGUGAACAAUUUAUUAAAAUGAUCUUCAACUCGUCCGCUGGAAGAGUAGUUCAUGACCAUUGCAAAGACAACCCGGCUCCUCCUAAAGCUAUUGCCAGAGAGUUUGGGCAUGAGAAGAUAGCUACUUAUCUUGAGGGGAUAACUGGCAGGUAUUCAGUUACACUUGACUUCGAAAUGAAGUGA